ACCUUCACAACUCCCAUAAGUGCAAUCCUACGAUAAACACAUAAUCUAAGUCGCGACAAGCACAACACGACGAAGAAUUACACCACAUGUCAAAACCGGAAUUUGACCGCGCCGACGCCAGCGCGCUCCUUGACGACCGAGGAUACAGAGGCAAGCUCAUUAGAGGCCAAAACCCUGCCCUCCUCUUCGAAAAAGGUGUACGUGAGCGCAUCACCGAAUCCUACUACUGGAAAGAGCAAUGCUUCGGUCUGAACGCCGCAACCCUAUGCGACCGCGCCGCAGAACUCAAGUUCAUUGGUGGCACAACCGGCAUCAACGGCAAACCAACCCCGUUCCUCUGCCUCGCCUUCAAGAUGCUACAGCUCGUUCCCGAUAAAGACAUAAUACUCGAAUACCUCAACUUCCGUGACGAUGACGACGACGAGGAACAAAAAGACCACGACACCGACGCGAACGCAGAUGCAGAAAACGGACACAUCUCAGACACCGACUCCACGACCGCCGCCGCAAAGAAAACGCUCGACCUAAACGCAAAAGGCAAACUUGGAAACUUCAAAUACCUCCGCUGCCUCGCUGCCUUUUACAUCCGCCUCGCCUGGGAACCCGUAGAAAUCUACACGACACUCGAGCCGCUCCUCACAGACUACCGCAAGAUCAAGCGCCGGCUCAAAGAUGCCUUUACACUCACCUAUAUCGACCAGUUCGUCGAUGAUCUCUUGACCAAGGAACGCAUCUGCGGCACUAGUCUGUGGAAGUUGCCGUCGAGGGCGAAUCUGGAGGAUCUGGAUAUGUUGGAACCGAGGGAGAGCCCGUUGGGGGAUGAGGUUGAGGCAUUGGAUGAGGAGAUGGAGAGGGGAGUUGUGGGUAAUGGCAUGACUUUGACAUGGCAGUACGCUAUAUUUAUCAACUCUCCACCUAUCAAGCCAAGUCACAUACUGAGUAUGCGCGCCAAGAUCGCGCACACAAUAUGUCCCAUAUUGUUGAGAAUAUCUGAGUUCAGUCCAGGGUAG